UGUAAAGCUUGCAAUGGCGACGACUAUCCGUUGGCGUACCUCGCUCGCGCGCUCACUUGCCCCCUCUACCCGGAAUGACGUCAUCGCGGCAGAACGUAGAGGAAAGCGUGCGCGCCGCUUCGGGUUGAAGAGCCGCACGCGUGAUGUGUGGGACAUAAUGGUGGAUAGCUAAGGAACAGUCCACAGCUCGAUAAGAGUUGCUCAUAAAACGUUAACCGAUAUCCUGUUGUCGCGGACUCGACAGCUGCUGCUGCCCGCUCGGACUGAACGACGCCCUGGACCGCAAAAAAAUGCCGAAUAUCAAAUUAUUUAGCGGGAGCUCACAUCCGGACCUUUCUCAGAAAAUAGCAGACCGCCUGGGUCUCGAGCUAGGGAAGGUCGUUACGAAGAAAUUUAGCAACCAAGAAACAUGCGUGGAAAUCGGGGAAAGCGUUCGUGGGGAGGACGUCUACAUCGUGCAGAGUGGCUGUGGGGAGAUCAAUGACAAUUUGAUGGAGCUGCUGAUCAUGAUCAACGCCUGCAAGAUUGCCUCUGCAUCCAGGGUCUCGGCUGUCAUCCCUUGCUUUCCGUAUGCCCGGCAAGACAAGAAGGACAAGGUGGGGAGCCGCGCACCUAUCUCUGCCAAGUUGGUGGCCAACAUGUUGUCGGUAUCAGGCGCUGACCAUAUUAUUACCAUGGACUUGCAUGCCUCACAGAUACAGGGAUUCUUUGAUAUCCCUGUAGAUAAUUUAUAUGCAGAACCAGCUGUGCUGAAAUGGAUCAAAGAGAACAUCCCUGAAUGGAAAAACUGUACCAUCGUUUCCCCCGAUGCAGGAGGAGCCAAGAGGGUCACCUCCAUAGCAGACAGGCUGAAUGUGGACUUUGCCCUUAUUCACAAGGAGAGGAAGAAGGCAAAUGAGGUGGACCGAAUGGUUCUCGUUGGCGAUGUGACCGAUCGGGUCGCUAUUCUAGUGGAUGACAUGGCUGACACAUGUGGCACAAUCUGUCAUGCUGCUGACAAAUUAAUUUCUGCUGGUGCCACCAAGGUGUAUGCCAUCCUAACCCAUGGCAUCUUCUCUGGCCCAGCUAUCUCACGCAUCAACAAUGCCUGCUUUGAAGCUGUGGUGGUCACCAAUACAAUCCCUCAGGAGGAGAAGAUGAAGCAUUGUCCCAAAAUACAGGUUAUUGACAUCGCCAUGAUCCUUGCCGAGGCCAUCCGUAGAACUCACAACGGAGAAUCUGUGUCGUACCUUUUCAGCCACGUUCCCUUGUAACAAAUGAUGUCUACUGUGUGCUGUUACACCAAAUAAGAGAAGAGGGAAUUCUCCAACCCAAACGCAUCCAUUCGCAAAGAUGUUCUGCUAACCAACUGUGAAAAAAGAAAGGGAAAAAUGUCUGUUUUGUUACUAAUGCUGACCCCCUCACUUAAGUCCCUUCAUGUCUGGGCACUAAAGCCAUCGCAACCUACCAAUUUAGGCCAGCAUAUUUAUUGUACUAGGAUAAAUAGGUGUUUAUCCACUGAACUUUGUUCCCCCUUCAUAACAUUUAGGUACAGAGUUUCUCCUGACCAUUUCUCCUUUCCAGAGAGUUAUACUACAAAGAAGGUUCAACGGCCAGGGUUCUUUGCCUUAGCUGACUCAACAAACAAACCCUGAUCAGAGAUAACAGGAAAUACGUCCUCAACUUGCUUUGUCGACUCAGGCUCUAUCUCACACUCCAGCUUUUAGGUCUCACACCAUACCGUAAUGAAGGAUUGGUAGAGAUCAUUUUCGGUUUUGGCCAAAACCAUUUAAAAUUAAUUUGAUUGAUUGAACAUUAAUGAUGUUGAAUGCCAAUAGAUUACUAUAUUCUCUAAUCUGUUGUAUUCGUUGCAAUACCGGUGGUUUAAAACAGACUUCCACAACUCAGGGCCAAACAUCCAAAUUUGUAACGUAAUGGUCUGAAGCCAUUGUACUGCACUUCAUAUGCAAGUAGAGGUCAUACUGAUUAAUAAUAUUGUGAACUGCUUUGGCUUUUCUUCAAGCCAAUGUGGGCAAAUGUCCAGAUAACACUACUGAGCUGCAACAACCUUGCGAAUACAAUAAAAAUAGCUGUAUUCAUACUUAGAUUUUCUGCAUCACCAACUGAAUGCAUAUAGGUUCCUGUGGCAAUGCGAUGCACACAGUUUGUGUAAUAGCAUGACAGUUCAGUUUCAUCAAUAAUGUAACAUAAUGGCUCUACAAGUUUGCAUAAAGGUAUUCCCUCAGAUAAGAAUCUCUCAGACUAGUAAUGGCUCACUAUUCCCAAAAGAAGUUGAUGAGUGAAAGGUGAUUUAUAGCUAAUGUCAAGCUUAAAGUGCUCUGAACCAGGUUAGGUCUGCAGCAUGACUUCCCAUGGCAAUAUAGCCAGGUUAAAACAGCCAUCUUUGUAACAGUAAUUUCUGGCUUUGGGCUCAAUGUCUUGCUAACCCACUAAUCUCGCUUCAUAGUACAGCCCUCGGGUUUCUUUUCAAUGUAUGUUCAAGGAGCUUGUAAUGAAUAUCCCUGUCUGGUUCCAAUGGUCAGGAGAUGCAUCUGCCAUAUAAAGCUGUUACAUUGCUUUUUGUUACAAUGAACGGAUGUCGUUGUUCAUGUUGCUCCUCUGUUCUCUGCGGUUUAAAAGACUAAUUGAUGACGUGACUGUGUAUUAAACUAGUUUACAGUGCCACUGAAGCUCCACUCAACCCAAGUGUGCCUCAGCAGUCUGAAAUGUCCUGCCCACCCUGUUCCUCCCAUUGAGCUGGGUUCAUUGUCUCACUGGAUAAAUAACUUUCUUGUGUCUUCUUAGGCAGUAACAUAUGUUCUGGGAUGUUUAUUUAAACUUUUGAGUGCGGUGUGGCCAGGGAGCUUUUACUUGAUGGGCUAUUUAUAGAGAAGCUGGUUGGGGUUUUAGUUUGGGGUCUCUGCAGGCUAGAGCGUCCUUAAGAAAUGUUCACCUGCGUUUUUGCGUUGGUUUUUUUCUCCUUUUCCUUUUGGUCUUUUUGUAUGGAGGAAGAAUUUGUCAAUGUGCAGUUCCCAAGCUUUGUGUUUACUUUAGUAGGGUGAAUGCACCGGUUAUCUGAGGAUGCGUUCUAAAUAAAAAAAUUACAUAUGCCUAAAAUCUUAAAACUGACACCUUUUUUGUUUCUAUAAAAAUCUCAUGAAGAGAAACAAAAUACUGACCAGUGUAAACACACAACUAUUCAGCCCCAUCUGUGUGGCUCAUGGGGCAGGUUCGAUAUGUCCUCCACACCGUGCGCAUGUCAAGGUGUCCUUUAGCAAGACACUGAACCCCCAGUUGCUCCCACAGCAGCACCGAGAAUGCUAAGGAAGGUAAAUACUGCGGUCAAGUGAUCCGCCGCUUGAAAUGUAAUGCACCUCUAUUCAUUCUGUUACGGUAUAGGGACUUGUACAGGCCAAAAAGCAAGGAGAUAGACCCAUAUUUAAGCAAAUGGUUUGUCCAAUUCGAUAUUACAAAUCAAGAACAUUAUCAUAACGUAUGAAGUUACACUAAUGUACUUUAGUUUUUAAUUGAAAGUCAGCUCAAAUGAAAUGAUUACUCCUACACUUUCUCAAUAUUUGAACUGUUAUUAAAGUAGCCGCGAGUUUUUUGUUAAAACAGUACAAUACAUGUUUGCAGUGGCAAUAAACUAAUUUUGAUCUGAAGCCUAGAUAGAUGUCUUAAAUGAUGUACAAAUGCCUCAGUUUCCCCCAGGCAGCACUUAAUGGUGUCGAGAAUAAGUGCUUUGAAACAUUUAGAUUAUUAUUGAACUGUUAAAAUCCAAAUAUAUUGUUAAACCCAUGACGUCUGUGUCUGUCGAAGGGAAAACUAAAUAAUAAAACUAUUGCAGUA